AUGGCUGCCUCCAGUGGAAAGGGGAGAGUAUGUGGUCCAUCGGAAUCUGACGAUAGUCUAGCACAAGAAUUGGAACUCCUAGAAGCUAUUUACAUUAGUGAGUUGACUGUGGAUCAAAAUGUAAGUGAUGCAGCUUGUAGUCUGAGUUUAGAGUUGCAUCCCGCAACAGCUGAAGAUAUUGAUACGCAAUAUGUCCGUAUAACAUUGGUUCUAAAGUUAUCAGAAAAUUAUCCUCAAACAGUGCCAGAAAUUCUAAUACAGAAUUCAAGAGGACUUUCAGAUGAACAACUUACAAGUCUACAUGCCAAAUUAUAUCAUCUCGCUGAAGAAAGGCAGGGAUGUGCCAUGUUGUAUGAACUCAUUGAACUUGCCAAGGAAAGUUUGACUCGCAAUAACCUUCCAUCUGUACAGUGUGUGAUAUGCCUGUAUGAACUGAUGAAAGAUGAUGAAUUUAUCAAGACGACAUGUUAUCAUUAUUUUCACUCGCAUUGUCUGGCAAAUUAUAUUGAACAUGCUUUACAUGAAGAAGAACAGGUGGUAUGUCUGGUGUGUAGAGAAGAUAUAGAAUAUGAUUUAGAUCUACUCAGACAAGCAGAGCUACCACGACAUUUACUGGAACCUGAUACUUAUGUACCCAACAGUGAGAUGAGAAAACAACAGGAGAAAAUGGCUGCCUUGUUCCAGAAACAAAAAAACAAAGGUGCUAUUAUUGAUAUUGAAGCUGAAAAGAAUAAAUUUCUAAUCGAUAUCUCAGCUACUCAAGUUGAGAGCCAACAUGAUGUGAGUGAACAACAGUUGACACCCUCUGACACAAAAUUGGACAAUCAUGAAGAUGCAGAGAAAGUAACUGUGCAAGAAAAAACAAAAUUAGAAACAAAGAAAACAAAAAUUGAGAUAGUAAAAGAUAAAAAUUCAAGGAAACCAGAUAGUGCUAGACCUAAGAGUUGGAGGCCUUAUAGUGAGAGACCGCGGCAAGGAAGAGAUCGCCCUCAUAGGCCCAGAAGUGAGAAAUACUAUACUGAUAGAGGGCAACAUGGAGAUAAAUUUGUCAAAAAGUCUCAGAGAAAUUCAGCAGAAAGCACUCGCAAGGAAUCGGUGAACACAAGUGAACGUACAACUAGUGAUAGAACUAAACAGGUCCCUGCUGCUAAAUCAACUGACACUGAGAAAAAAGUUGCAAAAAAUAAUGAUGAUUGUGAUAAAAUCAAUGAUGAAAUAGAGAAAAAGUGCAACAUAAAUGAUAGUCAUGUUAGUGAUUCAAAAAGCAGACCGCAGCCUGGGAAUUAUAGAUUUCCUUGGAAGACUGGUGGACGUGGAAGAGGCAGAGGUCAUUAUCACCACAGUUAUGAGCAUCACCAUAGAGAUAAGACCCAUCACUAUGGAUACCAGCAGCAUGAUGGCCACCAAUACCAGAGACAAAAUAGAAGAGACAAAGAUAGGACUAAAAUGGAGGAUGAGGAGAAAUUUAGGGAUGAUAAAAAUGACAUCUCUAAAUUUCCAGAUAGACCUAAAAAUCAUAAGGAGAACGAAAAAGAAAGCAGACAUUUUUCAAAAGAACAAAAAGAUGAAAGAGACACGGUCAACAAGAGGAAUACUGAAGAUGCAGCUGCUAUCAAAAAGACACUAAGAUUUCACGAUAGGAAAGUAGAAUAUGAUAAAAAAAAUGAAAGGACAGAACCACAGACAGAUAUUCAAAUUAAGUUCCAUCACUCAUCAAGCAAAAUUGAUGAGACCAAAAAAGUAGUUAAACCUCCUCCAGGUUUUGAAGUUGAUAAACGUAGACGAGAAAACAAGCCUGUUAAAGAUUCGCCGGGUGUUGAAGACUUUAGAUGACAGAGGCUGAAACAUAGUCCAGAUCUCAUUUACAGGACGUUGCUCCCUAUAACGGGGCAGAUAGAUACAGACGAUUGUACAAAACUGAUAAUAUAUACCUGCUUCAGAAUUCAAAUUCAGAAAUAUUGCCAGUUAUUUUUAAUUACGGAAUGGAGGCUUGUAUUCAAAUUGUGCACAUUGUCAUCGAAAUGAUCAGAUUAUCCUGUACUUUGUAGGAAUUGACUCAAUAUGUAAUGCAUACGUGUACUUGUAUGUAAGGUUACAAUAACAGUAAUUUAAAUUUCAGUUUUCAGACUUGUUAAUAUUCAGGGAACGGAUACAGUCACUUUGCAAUGACAUUAUUGUCACAUUGCGUCUUGAGAUGCA